AUGGCAGAAUCAGGGGAUGUUCGCGCAGGCGCGCCUCUAGAAGUUGAUUCAGACAGCGGCGACUGGCAGAGUAUCGAUGACGGUUUGACAUCGGUCUCCUCGUCCAUCUACAACUAUGAGUACGAGAACGGUCGGACAUAUCACUCGUUCCACUCUGGUUCCUAUAUACUUCCGAACGAUGAGAAGGAGCAAGACCGGCUGGAUGUCCUUCACCAUGUAUUCCGCCUCUGUUUGCACGGGGACUUGGCAUGGACGAGACUGGACAAUCCCCAGAAGAUUCUCGACGUCGGGACAGGAACUGGCAUCUGGGCCAUUCAAGUGGCCGACGAAUUCCCAUCGGCAGAAGUGAUUGGAGUGGACCUCUCUCCCAUUCAACCCAGCUGGACACCACCCAAUCUGCGCUUCAUUGUCGACGACGUGAGCGAGGAUUGGGCUUUCCCUGAGGAAUCGUUUGACUUCAUCCACGUCCGGGGUCUCGCUGGCAGUUUGACGGAUUGGCCAAAAUUUCUAAAGCGCUGUUAUAAGCAUCUGAAACCAGGCGGCAAGAUCGAGCUUUCUGAAGGUCGUACGCAUAUGGAAUGCGACGACGACUCCUAUCCCAAAGAAAGCUAUACAUACAAGUGGAUCGAAGCAUUCAACCAGAUCUCGCAUGACCUGGGCAGGAUAUUUGACUUGUUCCCAGAGUACAAGAACCUUUUAGCAGACGCAAAGUUCGAAAAUAUCCAAUGCCACGAGGAAAUCUGUCCCAUUGGAACAUGGCCCAAGGACCGAAGAUUGAAAGAGAUUGGAUGGUUCUUCCGUGCCCAGUUUCUCGAGAGCGCAAUCGAUAGCUAUUCAUUGGCUCUGUUUAUGCGCUACGGAGGUUGGUCCAGGGAGGAAGCCGAGGUGCUCUUUGCACGUGUGCGGCAGGAGAUCAAGACGAACGAAAUGCACGUUUACACACACUGCUCUUUUGCAACUGCUCAGAAACCUUUUGAGACGAGGUCAGUAUAG